AGGGGGAGGAGGAAGAGGAGCAGCUGAGCUUGGGUUGGCGCGGUUGUGACAGAGGAGUCGCCAUCUUUAAGUCAUAUCUUUGGCAAAUUUGAGACAUUGUGUGGCAUAACCACGACUUGUUGAUUCCCUUCAAAUUCUACGAGGACACCCGUUUCUUUGAAUUUGCUCACUAAAGUUCCAACGUAAAAGAACCGAUAUGGCGACUGCUAACGUUAUCUCGAGUUGUGGAUCAACACGAUCGGCGGCUUCUACACCGCUCUCCCCAACGCGAAUAUCCCGUUUACAGGAGAAACAAGAUUUGCAGCAUCUGAACGAUAGACUGGCCUCGUAUAUCGACCGUGUCCGGGCACUGGAAUUGGAGAACGACCGGCUGAUGGUCAAGGUGUCUGAGAAAGAGGAAGUAACAACUAGAGAAGUAAAAGGCCUUAAGGCUCUGUAUGAGGCAGAGUUAGCUGAUGCUCGACGGGUUUUGGAUGAAACUGCUAAAGAGAGAGCCAGGCUCCAGAUAGACCUCGGCAAGGCUCAGGCUGAGCUGGAAGAAGCCACACACAGUGCCAAUAAGAAAGAUGAUGAUCUUGCUGCAGCAGUGUCCAGGGCUAGUGGUUUGGAAGACCAACUGCAUAAGAAUGAAGCGGCGCUUUCCACAGCUCUAAGCCAGAAUGUUAAUUUGACUUCCGAGCUAGCUGAUGUCAAGAGACUGCUGGCUAAGGCAGUGGACCGCCAUGCUAUUGCUAAACGCCAGCUGGAGGCAGAGACACUCAUGCGUGUAGACCUGGAAAACCGCUGUCAGUCACUAAGUGAAGAGCUGGAGUUCCGGAAGAGCAUGUUUGAAGAGGAAGUACGUGACUCUCAGCGUCGUCAGGAGCAAAGAAUAGUGGAGGUGGACUCUGGAGUUAGACAGGACUAUGACUUCAAAUUGGCACAAGCUUUACAGGACUUAAGGCGGCAACACGAUGAGCAAAUCUCUCUUUAUAAGGAUGAACUAGAACAAACUUUUCAGGCUAAGUUAGAAAAUGCCAAGAUGUCCACAGAGAUUAAUGACAAGGCAAUGAGCACAGCCAGGGAAGAGCUACAGGAGUCCCGUAUGAGAAUAGAGAGCCUUGGAUACCAGCUCGGUGCUCUGCAGAAACAGGUGGCUACAUCUGAGGAUCGUAUCAGAGAGCUUGAAGAAAUUCUGUCAGCAGAGCGAGACAAGCACCGCCAUGCCAUUGAAGCAAAAGAACAAGAGAUGACAGAAUUGAGAGACACAAUGAACUCUCAGUUAAAUGAAUAUCAGGAGCUGCUUGAUGUUAAGCUAGCCCUUGAUAUGGAGAUAAAUGCAUAUAGGAAACUCCUGGAGGGAGAGGAACACAGACUUAAGCUGUCACCAAGCCCAUCUUCUCGAGUCAGUGUUUCCAGGAUAAAAGGGUCUUACCCCUCUAAGAGGAAGAGGGUGGAGGUGGACGUGGACGUGGACGUGAGGGAUGCAUAUGAGAUGGGAAGAGGAGAGGGGCAGUUACUGGUGUCUGAAGAAGCCACAGCUAGUGGAGCAGUCACCAUAUCACCAACUGAUAUGACUGGACAUGCAGUCAUUCUUAACAAUGAUACUGAGCAGGACCAGCCUUUAGGCAACUGGAGACUGAGGAGACAAGUUGACAAUGGGGAGGAGGUCAUCUACAAGUUCUCACCAAAAUUUGUCCUCAAAGCUGGACAAUCAGUCACGGUCUGGUCUGCUGAUGGUGGUGUGGCCCACAGUCCACCCUCUGACUUGCUGUGGAAAAGCCAAGCUUCUUGGGGUACCGGAAGUGACAUAGUUACCUCUUUGAUCAAUGCUGAUGGCGAGGAGGUGGCCAGGAGAAGUGUAACCAAGACUCCAGUUGAGUUGCAAAAUGGAGAGGAAGAGGAGGACGUAGCAGAAACGGGAAAAGUGCCAUCCAGAGAGUGUGCCAUCAUGUGAAGCCAUGCUGUUUAUUAGCUUAGACUUCCCCAUUACAUUAUUUGUUUUCUCUCUAGAGCCUCUCAGAUAUGACUUUCUUCAUUACCUCUUCAUUUUGUGUUUUUAUUGUUCAAAACUAUGAGUGUUUCUGAUUGUGUACUUUUCUCCACAUUUCUGGACUUGCUUUAAUAUGGGCCACUUCCUUAAAUUACUAACAUCCAUGGAUAUCUCAAAGAUGAUGGAUCUAAACACUGAAACUGUGGUUUUGUAGUUGGGUGUCCCCAACCCUACAAAUGGUACUGUAACAACCCGUUCCUUUGUGUGGAGGAAUAAAAGAGAGGCAAAGCUGUUGGUUUCAUCCUUAAGUAUAGCGGGACCAUAGUGUGUGCGUGUGUGCGCGUGCAUGCGUAUUAUAUAUUUCUUCAGCAUCUGCAUCAUCAAGGGCUUUCUGAUUGUGUUUCCCAUCUCUUACAUUAAAUUGUAUGAUUGCUCAGAUUGAUUGUGGCUAUUUCAUAUUUAUGUAAUGGUUUUAUCUGCAUAUAAAUGGAGAUUGAACGAAUAUUCUUGUGCAAUUACAUACAAAAUGUUAGACUUAAGGGCUUAGAUGACUACAAAUGAAAUUGCAGAACUUGUGAUACUCUUCUUCAUUAGAUGGCCUAUCUCUAACACUAUCCAAAUUGUUUUGCAUUCCUUAAGCCUUGUAUCAUCCUGUCUCUGCUUUGUCGCUGUGAUGGUUUCCUUAUUAAAGAUAACAGUCAAACUAAA